UCUAAAACUAAACGAAGAAGUAAUUCGUGAAGUUCAGUGUGUACAGUAUGUAGUACAUUGCUGCAUUAUGCUGUGUAUUUCUAUCAGAUUGAGUUUAUUUUCAGGGAUGUUACUUGAAUGCGCGUAAUUGGUUUAUAUUCCGACCAGUAUAUUUGUGGCCUUCUAUGUGGCUGCAAGGGGAAACUCUGAAGGAUGACUUCGCCUCUUUUAGUCCAUCAGCGUCUUUUCGCUGCCUGGAAGCUGCUCUGGGGGUCGCUGAACACAGGGACGAGCCUCAUACUCCAUCAGCCGUGGCUACGGGUAACAGGAUGGCCGUGUGUUUUCGCUGCUGGUAAGAAAUACCAAAUUGACCUGCCAGUAGUCCACGAGAAAGACCUUGAUGAACAGUUUGUUCGUGGAUCUGGUCCUGGAGGACAAGCCACCAACAAAACCAGCAACUGCGUGGUGCUCAGGCAUAUUCCCACGGGUAUCGUCGUAAAGUGUCACCAGACCAGAUCGGUGGAUUUGAACAGAAAACGAGCACGGGAGAUUUUACGUGAGAAACUGGAAAUUGCGUAUAAGGGUGAGGAAAGUGAACUGCUGAAAAUGAAAAAGGAAUCCAUACAGAGGAAACAGGAAAAACGGCAAAAAGUAAAUGAAAACAUGGAAAAAAAGAGACGAUUCAAGGAGAUGCUGUACUCAGACCAAGAAGAUGACAAAUGCUGAGAAGCACAUUAUUUCAACAUUUUUUUUUCCUUUUAGUAUACACUGUGGACAAGACCGCUUUAACAGUAUAUUCUGUAAAUUAAGAUAUUGGGGUGAUAUUUGGAGAACUGGAUUACAGUGCUUGGCUCUGUUAUAACAAUUAAAACUUUAACUUUGUGUUUGAUAACAAUUUUAAAGUUUGUGAGCAAAUUGCUCUUAUGUCCCUGGUUUUGUUGAAGUGAAAACUAAGGUUUCUGUAAAGUGAGAGGCCAUAGCUUGUUAAGUACAUAACAUCUGGUUAAUAAACAAAGAUGCAAAGAGC